UCUGGAUGUUCUGGAUUGAAUAGAAAUCAUUUGAAAGUUGCUCUUGUAGACAUACGAACAAGUGAGCUGUGACUCUUGUGACACACGCACACCCACGACACAUCCGGGAUCCAAACAAUAUUGACAACACGGCUUACGUUUAGUGUUCAGUCUCCCUAAGAUGGACGGUGGUGGAGCUUACGGUGGUGGAAAGGCUGGAGCCCCGUUUGACCCGAUUACAUUCGUACAAAGGCCUCACGUUAUUCUCAAAGCUGUAUGUUUGCUCUUUGCGAUAAUAGUCUUCGGUUGCAUCAGCAGCAAGGGAUAUUUGUUGGGAUCGGAUGGCAAAGAACAUUGCCUCUACAAUGAUGAUACCAAUGCCUGUAAUUAUGGAGUGGGUAUCGGCGUUUUGGCAUUCCUAGCAUCCAUAGGAUUCCUCGUUGGAGAAUAUCUCUUUGAACAAAUGUCAUCCGUCAAAACCAGAAAACAUUAUGUCCUCUUGGACCUUGGUUUCUCCGGCUUCUGGGCAUUCCUUUACUUUGUAGGAUUUUGCUAUUUGACCAAUGCUUGGAACAACUCCACUGAACCCAAAGACGGAUACGGUGUUAAUAACGUGCAAGCAGCAAUUGCUUUUUCGUUUUUCUCAAUAUUCACUUGGGCGGGAAGUGCUUGGUUCGCGUUUCAAAGAUUUAAGCAAGGAACAGAUGCUGCAUUUGCACCGAGUUACGAGGCAGAUCCCGCAGGUGGUGCAGGUUAUACGAGUUACCCAGAUGCUGCAGACACGAAUUAUCAAGAGCCGCCAUUUGGUCAGCAGCAACAGCAACGGGGUAUGAACGAAUUUCAGGCUCCGGCGUACUGAGAGUAAAAAAGACGCCAAAAAAAUGAAAACACACACGAGGAGUUGUCCGAUUGAUAGUUAUUCAACCGAAAAUACGAUAUAUUUUCAAAGUUAUAAUGCACAGCGAGCUACUGACGUGAGACGACGUUCGAUAUACAAACUUAACACACAAAUAACUGGAUCCUUAGGAAUUUUUUCCGACUUCCCUGUUGAUACGAUUUUCCGCAGUUUCAUUUGUUCCAUUUAAACAUUAAACUGUUAUAACGUCCUGUUUAUUUGGCAGUUGUAUGGAGACUCGUCUUUCUUGUAGCUCUCGAGUGAAUAUUCGUCGUCGUUCUAUCCAGAACAUAUUCAAUUGAAAUACGAACAUCGUCGAUUCGCUUAUAGCGUUAGACACUAAACUCAAUACACACAUAUAUUAUCCCACAUAAGUGUGCGAUAAGAAUUCGAAACCUGCGUACUUAAGUUGUUUUCGAUGACACUCGUAUAGUUGAACACCCGAAAUGCAACGAUAGGCCUCAUAAAGAAUACUAAUGCGAAAAAAUAUAACGGAAAAUCGAGUAACAAGAGAAGAUGGCAAAGAACGUUUUACCAAAAAAAUCACUCGUGACUGUAGGAUAAGAGACUUUGAAAAAUUUCUCAUGUUAUGAAUCCGUGGAUUUUCGUGCAGGAAUAAGUGCUAACGAUCCAACACGUAUGUCGGACGUUGCAUCUAAGAAUCUCGGCAAAGAUGACGAAUUUUUUUUCUUCCACUCGGGUUUAGUCGAUAUUUACAAAUUGAUACGGAAAAUAAAGAAAAAUUAUAUAUAUAUAUAAACGAUAAUUGAAUAUAUAUAUAUAUACAUAUGUAUAUAUGUGUACCAAACAUUCACUAAAAAAUUUGAUCUCCUAUCGAAAGGAUCAACUAACGCAUAAACUCGGCAGCGUAUUGUGUGAUUGCGCGUAAAUUUUGCUUAUCGAUCCAUAAAUUAUCGUAUAAUUGAAAAAAAAAAAAAAAAAAAACAACAAAACUCAGAUGAAAAUAAUUAAACAGGGAAAAAAUAAAAGGAAAGAGAAUACAUUGAAAAAGAUUGACAAAAGGAAGAGAAAAAGGAGAGAAACAAUUGUAUAAUUUGUUCAGUAUUGUACGAUUACUUCGAUUUAUUUAUUAUGUGAAAGAUUCGUGUAUGAUGUAACACAAGUACGCGUAGUACGGAUAGUAGAAAAAAGAAAAAGAAAAAAAAAUUAUAUUCCGAAAAGAUUGUCAAACCAGGUGUUGACGGCGUGUAUGAUAGCUUACGAUCGAUGUAACGUGAGGACAUAAAUUGAUUGCAAAUGAUUCACUUGAACGAAAAAAACCGUAUAUAAUAGUUCUCGAGUGAUAUACUUCCGCAAAGAAAAAAGUAGUAAAAAAUACUAAAGCAAAUAAAUGGAUCGCUUGCUCGCUGUCUCGUAUUUGUCGAAGAAAAAUUUAUCGAAAGUUCGGGGCAGCGGUCCAAACGACACAAUUGAAAUCCGCUACGUAGUUGAGAUACUUAAGAAAAGACUCGUUUAGUGCAACCUGUUUCAAUCGAGUCGAGUAAUUAUUCUUAGACGGAGAGCAAGAACAAAUGGAGCGUAUGCAAGAGAUGUAGAGAGCGAAAGAGAGAGAGAGAGAGGAAGAUAGACACGGUAAUCGCCGCACCGCAUUUAUCGUAGAAAAGAAGUAGAUUUCGUCCGAUUAUGUACGCAGCUUUAACUUAUUAUAAUAGAACGAAUGGAACGUUCUUGAAGAAUUUUGUCACCUUGGCUCGCAUGGGAAAACUAUUUUCUAAGAAAAUCUGCUCGCAGUAAAUUUCUAGUCGACUGAUUUUCUAUUGAACAGCAAUCAAGCUUUUUCCAAACUACCCCAAUAUCAUUUUUGACUGUGAAUCGAGAAUUGUGAAAAUUGUGAAGAGUUUGUUCGGACGAAGGCUGAACAAACUUCGAUAUUCUUUGCAAUUUUCUUACAAGUGUUUACUCUCAGAAAUUCGCCUGAGAGAAAAAAAUGUUCAUUCGGGUAGGAAAAUAUUUGAAAAAUGAAUUUUCGGCAACAGGGCUGAACGUUUUUUUUUCAUGACAGUCUCUUCAAGUUCGUUCAAGAGUUCGACGAUUAUUCUGUUCGUUAUUUACGGUUGGCGCUUAUAAUUUACCGGUAAUAUAAAAAAGUCGAGAAAAUCUCAUUACUUCAUCAUCGAAUGACAAACGAGGGGGCCGACCGAUUGUUUUUCGAACGUUAAAAUUCAGGUAUAGCGAAAACCAUACGUAUUCCAUUUACUUCUAGUCACGCAUAUACGCAUUAAGCUAUAUGCCAUGUAAACACACACAUAGGCACACAAACGGAACUUGACGGAGGAGAAAAAUAAAGAAAAAAAGCGCUGUUGCAGCAUUAUAGCCACUGCGAGAAACUUAAAAUAAUAGUGGAAGAAAGAAGCAACGGAAACACACGAUGAAAGCUUUUCGAUUCGAGUUAUUUGUAUAUUUUCUUUUUCUUACCAUAGAAAUUAAGUUGUAUAUUGGUAUAAUCGUGUAACUCACGUUGCGAACUUUGACUACGCCGUCUCCAGUCGAAUACAGACCCGAACAAAAAAUGUCGAUAAUUUAUGAAAAAUGAGGUGGCGUGAAUAAAUUUAAAAAAAAAAUAAAUAAAUAAAACAGAAAUAAAAAAAAAAUAAAAAACAAAUAUAUAUAUAAAUAUAUAAAUUUUAAUAUUUUGGUGUGUGUAUAACCAACAAGCAAUAGGCGAGGCGAGACGUGUUUCGGGCCCAAAGUGACGUGACUGUAUGAAUGUUCAAUGGUGUAUAAUCUACUAUGUAGUAUUAUUUGAAACGCGGUUCAUCAUAACUAGAGCAAGAGAAUGUAUUUGAGUCUUUAUGGGAAGAGCAGACCGUAAAAAGUGGAAAAAAAAGCAAAGCAAGAGGGAGGUAACUACUUUAGCUGUAUGAUACGUGCGGGUGGAAAAUGCCAGCCACCUACUUCAAAUCGCAUAUAAAUGUUAUCAUCUAUCGUGUUAAAAAAAAAAAAUUGCGACAUUGUACAAUUAUUUUUUUCCUAAUGCUCCAUCCAGCAUCAAAACAUACAAUAAUAAUCCUGAGGGAAAAUAUUUCGCCACCCGGACUAAAAAUUAAAAAUGUUAAUUCGA